AUGGGAAAUUAUUGUUAACAAGUUGAAAUAAAUGACAAGGAUUUUGCAUCUGUUUCAAUAGAAAAUAGGUAACAACCUUUUCUUGUUAAUAAGUUUGAUACUAAAUCUUUUAAUCUUAAUAUUUCUGAUUUAAGGUAGUUGGCAUAAAUUGAAUCUUUAAAUACUACUAAAUCUUAAUCCCCUGAUAAAGUUAAGAAGGUACCUUUUAAUCUUAAAUUACAUCGUAAACGAACUUUACAUUUUGAAACAAUUCAAGAUUCUAAUGUUUAAACACCUACUAGUCAGAAUAGAGACUUUUUCGAAUUUCCUAAUGGAGUCUAUAAGGGAUAGAUGGUUAAUGGAAAAAGAGAAGGAGAAGGUUAAUUUUUUUAUCAUGAUGGUUCUUGCUUUAAAGGUAUUUGGAAAGAUGAUAUGGCAAAUGGUUAUGGAAAAAUACUCUUUUAAGAAGGUGAAAUAUAUGAAGGAUAAUUUGAAAAUGAUUAAUAACAUGGUUAUGGAAAAUAUACAUCAAAUUAAAUUAAAUAUGAAGGAGAGUGGAAAGAGAGUUAACCUAGUGGAUUUGGAAAAGAAAUACUUAAAUAACAUUAUACUUAUGAAGGAGAAUUCUAUAAAGGUUUAAAGCAUGGCAAAGGAAAAAUAAAAUGGUUUACUGAUGGAGCUAGUUAUGAAGGAGAUUUCUUUGAAAAUUAAAUUAAUGGAAAAGGAACUUAUUAUUUUCCAGAUGGUGAAAUAUAUAUAGGUGAUUUUAAAGAUGGAUAUAUGCAUGGAAUGGGAAAGUUUACUUGGCCUGACGGUAAAGUUUAUGAGGGAAACUAUCAUAAAGGAAAAAAGUAAGGAAUUGGUAAAUUAACAACAUACAAUUUAAUAUAUAAUGGCGAAUGGUAUGAUGGAGUUUAUAAUGGUUAUGGUACUUUGGAAAUGUAAGGAAAAGUUAUUGAAGGAUAUUGGGAUAAUGGCAUUUAUUAAAAAUGA